CAGGCCCCAAAUCAGCCUCAGACCCCUGAGGGUUAAUGAUUUGGAAGCGGAUGUUUCGAUUUGUCUCAUGCCCCCGCUGGUCCCACCCAUCAGGGAUGCGCUGUCACAUAUAUGUUCUGUUUUGACUUAGUUUCAUUGUGUUUUAGUUCUGUUUUCCCUGUGUGACCUACUUUCCCAGUGUGUUUGAUUCAUAAUUCCAUUCAUCUGUCUAUUCUCCUUUGUUGUGCGCUUUAUACACGUGACACAAUUAUUCCCUUGCAAGAAUACCAGAAUGACUGGAUUAAUGCACUGGUUGUAAAGUAUUUCAGCUAGUAAAUUAAAUCUUUGUUCACGUCAAAAUAAAACUCCUUAAGUUAUAAAUUAGUAAAAUGUAUCUAUGCGCAUCUAUGUGCAUUCAUUGUCCUGUCUCACAGUUGCUCUUGGUAAAGACAUUAGGACUGAGUGAGACCUAUUUCUUUCAAAUGACCUACAUUUUGGCCUUUAAAGAUACAUGUAUUUACUACUUCCUUACAGUUAUUGUUAAAUGAAUCCAUUUGUGUAAUCAAUCCAAGCUUGUGACCCAAUGGAGUGACGUGAGACAAAUAAAAUGAACAAUGAGGGAUGUUUGACAGAAACUGACAUAAAACACAUGUCAAACACAUUAGAUGUCACAAUCCAUUUGGGCCAAAGCCCCAUUUUCAACAGAAGAAUAUAAAAAACUCUUAAAGCAAUCUCUCAGAAAUGAUUUUCAGAAAACCACAUCCAAACAGUUCUCAGCAAAUUAAGUGUCAAGACACUGGAGAGAAUUCGAGAAGGGUGAGGGGCAAAACGUGAGCAUGUGGAAGCAAUUACUGGCCGCAGGUGGGAUCGGUUAGCUUUCGGCUUGCUGUGUGCCUCCAAGCUGCUGAGCAACCAGCCAAGUCUGUUUCCACAAUCAAACAAUCCCAUAAUACCUCCUCCUCAACUGACUGUGAAACCCUCAUGAGCUUCAAAAUGCUGCUUUCUCUGUGCAUCUCAAACUGUGACCUGUUUGCCGAGACCAAAGAGGAAAUCCCACAUGGAGAUGUAAUGUAGAUUAUGGAGAGCUCGACACUGCGCCUGGGAGGGGUCAGGAGGUUAUUGAUAUUGUUAGACUGUGGGGACUGCUGGAAAUGCAUAAAUAGCUUGAAGACACACAUUCAUCUUGCAGUCUUUCUCUGAAUGCCUGGGCUCAGGUGACCUCCACUUUAUUCUUCUGCAGGAAACCUCAUUUGUCUCUUCAAACCCUAACCAGCAUGGAAAAGAUGAGAUCUCUUAAAGUGAACUGCUGGCUGCAGUGGCUUACCGUGACUCUGGCCCUGCUGAGUGAAGUCCCUGCAAUGCCGUUCGAUGUGGACCGCGUAUGUACGGCGCCGUCUACGGCCAAGUACAGAUUGACGUUUACCGGCCAUUGGACUCAGACUGCCUUCCCCAAACACUACCCUCUGUACAGGCCGCCUGCUCAGUGGUCCCCCAUCAUUGGAGUAACUCACAGCUCAGACUAUCACAUCUGGCAAAGGGAUGAUUACGCCAGUAAUGGGGUGAGAGAGUUCUCUGAGAGAGGAGAGGCAUGGACCCUGAUAAAGGAAGUGGAGGCAGCUGGGGAACGGAUCCAGAGCGUCUAUGGCCUCUUCUCAGCGCCAGGUGUGGUUGGAGGAACCGGCCAGGCAACCACAGAAUUUGAAGUCUAUGCAAGACACUCUUUACUGUCCUUCAUUGUCCGCAUUGUGCCAAGUCCUGACUGGUUUGUUGGAAUAGACAGUCUGAACUUGUGUGAGGGCGAUCACUGGAAGGGAAACUUAAGCCUAGAUCUUUACCCCUAUGAUGCUGGCACAGACAGUGGUUUCACCUUCUCCUCACCAAACUUUGAGACCAUUCCUCAAGACAAGGUCACUCAGAUAACCUCAUCAUUUCCAAGCCACCCUGCAAACUCCUUCUACUAUCCCAGACUGAAGCAUCUCCCCCCAAUAGCCAAAGUCUCCCUAACUAAGAUCAAGAACAACCAGAUCUUCAGCUUACCCAUCCAGCCAACCCAGUCCAAUCAGAUUCCAAGUGGGAAUGAAAUAGACAGUUCUGUCACAAAUACCCCUCUGGACUGUGAGGUGUCUGUCUGGUCACCUUGGGGUCUUUGUAAGGGUCAGUGUGGUGAGAAAGGGGUAAAACACAGAACCCGCUAUAUUCACAUGCAUCCUGCAAACAACGGGGCUGCCUGUCCACUUCUAGAGGAAAAGAAGCUCUGUAUCCCUGACAACUGUGUGUGAAUAUAAAAAGGACAUGAUGAGGACCUCAUACACAGGGAAGAAUCAACUAAUAAACAGCUUUAAAAUGUUUUGAGACAUUUUAAAGUGAAUGACUGCUAUCUGUGAGGCUAUGAUGUAGUGGGUUAAUUAACAGGAGACAAAUCCCAAGUUAGUUAUGAGUAGCUGCAGAUGUCACCAGCAAAAAUACUUUUUACAAUAUUUGCCCUAAUAGGAUUUUAUAAACUAAAUUUGCUUUAACUUUCACACACUGUCACGCACUGUUCCUGGAGUCUGAUGCUCUCUGGUGGAAAAAUCUCAUUAUCAAGCUCAAUAGUUGAGAUAAAAAUCAUACUCUCUUGUCAAAAUAUGUUGCAUCAGUGGAUGAUAUCUGUACAUUAAUUGCAAAACUGUAUAUACAUUUGUAAAUAAAAUACAAUAAAAACAUGUUUGCUCUGAA